AUGAGGAUAUCCACCACCUCCUGUCUCUGUCCCUUUCUGGUCUGCCUCUGUUUCAUCCAGAGGUGCUAUGGGGCGAGCCACCAUGUCCCAUCCAAAGUGCCCUCCAAGAACCAGACCAAAUUGGCCAAUGGGGAGACGGAGGUGCACCACAGGCCUAAGCGUGGCUGGAUCUGGAACCAAUUCUUUGUUUUAGAAGAACACAUGGGACCAGAUGCACAGUAUGUGGGAAAGCUUCACUCAAACUCAGAUAAAGGCGAUGGAUCCGUCAGGUACAUUCUGAGCGGAGAAGGAGCUGGGACUAUAUUUAUCAUUGACGAAGUGACAGGAGAUAUUCAUGCCACUAAGAGCCUGGAUCGGGAAAGGAAAACGCAUUAUGUCCUGCAUGCACAAGCCUUGGACCGCAACACAGAGGAGGCCCUGGAACCAAAGUCAGAAUUCAUCAUCAAAGUACAAGACAUCAAUGACAAUGCACCCAAAUUUCCAGAUGGACCCUUUGUAGCUACGGUGCCUGAGAUGUCUGAAGUGGGCACGUCUGUGUUGCAAGUCACAGCGACUGAUGCUGACGACCCCACCUAUGGAAACAGUGCCAGAAUAGUCUACAGUAUUCUCCAAGGACAGCCAUAUUUCUCUGUUGACCCCAAAACAGGAAUCAUCAGGACCGCCUUAGCUAACAUGGACCGGGAAGCCAGAGAACACUACACAGUUGUUAUCCAAGCCAAAGACAUGGCAGGCCAGGUCGGAGGCCUCUCUGGCUCCACCACCAUCAACAUCACUCUGACAGAUGUCAACGACAACCCGCCCAAGUUUCCCCAAAAAAAUUACCAGCUGUACGUCCCUGAAUCAGCUCAAGUAGGGAAACCGGUGGGGAAGAUCAAAGCCAACGAUGAGGACCUUGGCAUCAAUGCAGACAUCAAGUACAGCAUCAUUAACUCAGAGGGGGCCAAUAUGUUUUCCAUAUCCACGGACAGAGACACGAGAGAGGGAGUCAUCAGCCUCAAAAAGCCUCUGAACUACGAGAGAAAGAAGACCUACACGCUCCACAUCGAGGGGGUGAAUACACAUGUGGAUCCUCGUUUUUCUUAUCUUGGUUCUUUCAAAGAUACUGCCACCCUCAAAAUAACAGUUGGGGAUGUGGACGAAGCCCCUGUCUUUUCAAUGGAUUAUUAUAUCAUGGAUGUAUAUGAGAACGCACCAGGUGGUACAGAGGUGGGCGCUGUAACAGCUCGAGAUCCUGACAGCAGGAACAGUCCUGUUAGGUAUUUCUUGGAUAGUAAAGAAGAAGGAGAAAGGUACUUCAGAAUUGACGAGAGCAGUGGAGUUGUACGGACGAUGCAGCCUCUGGACAGAGAAGACAAGCCUUGGCAUAACAUCACUGUGAUGGCCUCGGAGGUUGACAACCCCAGCCUCCUCAGUCACGUUCCUGUUACCGUCCAGGUCCUGGAUGUGAACGACAAUCCACCAGAAAUAGCUACAGAUGAGGACGUCAUUGUGUGUGAGAGCUCAAGGCCGGGACAGCUGAUCCAGACUGUCACAGCAGUGGAUAAGGAUGACUUUGCCAAUGGACAGCGGUUUUCCUUUGCUUUGCCAAGCCAUCUACCAGUUAAUCCCAACUUCACCCUCAAGGACAAUGAAGACAGCACGGCCAGCAUCAUUGCAAGACGGCGGCGUUUCAACCACCUGACCCAGGAGCUAUACGAGCUGCCCAUUGUGGUGUGGGACGGUGGGGAGCCCUCCCUUAGUGGUACCAGCACCUUGACCCUGCGGGUGUGCCCGUGCCAGCGCCACGGCAGGAUCCGGAUGUGCCAAGGCGAGGCGUUCCUCUCCUCGGCAGGUCUCAGCACGGGGGCUCUGAUUGCCAUCCUGCUGUGCAUCGUCAUCCUGCUGGCCAUCGUGGUUCUCUUCAUCACACUGAGGCGGAGCAAGAAAGAGCCCCUUAUCAUCUCUGAGGAGGACAUCCGAGAGAAUGUGGUCACUUACGAUGAUGAGGGUGGAGGUGAGGAGGACACUGAGGCCUUUGACAUCAUUGCCCUUCGUAACCCGGCUGCCGCCGAGGAGCUCAAGUUCCGGAGGGACAUUCGCCCAGAGUCGAGACAACAACACUGUGGCCCACCCCGCAGCCGCCGGAGCCCAUCGGAGCUGGACGAGGUGGACGUGCACGAGUUUAUCAAGCAGAGGUUGGUAGAGGCUGACAUGGACACCAGCGUGCCGCCCUACGACUCCCUCCAGACCUACGCUUACGAGGGUCAGGGUUCACCCACAGGAUCCAUCAGUCCUUUAGACUCCCCUGGCACGCAAUCUGAGCAGGAUUAUAAUUACCUGGAUGACUGGGGACCUGAGUUUCAGAAACUGGCAGAACUCUACGGAGGGGCAGAGUCAGAUGUGACAACCUAGUCUGUGAUUUCACUCUUGUUCAAACCAAAUCUGUUUGAAAUCUGUUUUUCAAAAUUUCAGUGAACGAUACGAAAAAACAGAGACGCUCUCAAACUGGUCUGGUGGUUUUCAACCUCUACUGUUGAACUGCUCUAUUUUUGUUUUUGUUUUUUUGUUUUGUUUUUGUUUUUGUUUUUCAAUUUGUCACUUUGGAUCAUGGGUCGUUCAUCUGGAAGUAUUAAAUCAGAUUUUGAGAUGGAAGAACAACAAU